AUGUCUCGCAUUCCAAAGCUGCCAGGGGCUAAAGAAAAUAGACCUGGGUUUUCAAAUAUAACAAGAAGAAUUGGCAAUGGACUCAGUGAUUUUGAUAAAAAAGCGCUUCUUAUGAACCAUACCAAACCGAGUUCAACAAUUACGUCUAGUACUACAGUAGCAGCUCCGCGGCUUAAAAGAGCAGCUUCUGCAAACGCUGUAGAACCUCCUUCAAAAGCUGCUAAAGUGGAAAGAAAACCAAAUGUAUCAGCGAGAAUUCCACCAUAUGACUAUAAGGCAAGAUUCAAUGAUUUAGUGGAAAAACAUAAGGUGAUAAAGAGCGAAUUGACUACGUUAAAUACUAAAUACAUUGAGGUAUCUGAUGACUAUGAAAAGUACAAAGAAUUGUCUGAUAACAGCCUUAAAGAAAACUCUUUAUUAAAAGACAAAUUGCAAAACUGUUUAACAGAGCUGAGACAGAUUACCGCCGACCAUGACAGCCUCAAACUUGACAAUGAAAUGCUGAAAAGAGAACUUGAUGACCUGCAUAAUAAAACUAAAAUAUUGGAAGAUGUAACAAAUAGUUUAAAAAUUAAAUCAAUGGAAAAUGAUAGGCUCAAAUUAGAAAUUGAUGAUAUGAGCCGACGCCACAAGAGCUUGCAAGAAGAAAAUGAAGCAAUAAGAGUUCUAAAUGAACAUCUUAAAAAAGUGUCAGCAGAACAUGAAAUACUACAAGAAGAUCACAAAUGUGCUCUUGAAUUAGUAAAGAAAAACCAAACUCACCGUGAUGCCUUACAAAACAUAGUUGAUUCCAUGUAUAAAGACCAGAGAAUCCUAAGGAAUACUAUACAAGAUUUAAAAGGCAAUAUAAGAGUUUACUGCCGAGUAAGACCUCCACUUGAGUCUGAAACUAAUAAGCCCCUGUACAAUUUACAUGUUGUUGAUGCAUGCACCAUUGAAAUUGAAAAAAUUGAACUAUUGAAUUCAGCUAGAAAAGGUAAAUCCCAACAUACCUUUUCAUUUGAUGGAAUUUUUACACCCCAUUCAUCACAAGAAGAUGUUUUUGCCAAUGUUUCUUCAAUGGUUCAAUCUGCCCUAGAUGGAUACAAUGUGUGUAUUUUUGCUUAUGGUCAAACUGGUUCGGGAAAAACAUACACAAUGGAGGGUGGAAAUGGAGUAGCCGAAUAUGGUAUCAUUCCAAGAUCAAUAAAUAUGAUUUUUGAAUGCAUGGCAGAAUUGAAAGAAAUGGGUUGGGAGUUGUCAAUAAAAGCUUCAUUUUUGGAAAUUUACAAUGAAGUUAUUUAUGACUUACUUGAUUCCAACAAAGAUCAAGAGAGCCAUGACAUCAAAAUGGUCAAUUCCAAAGGAUCAGAAUUAUAUGUUUCCAACUUGCGUGAGGAAGAAGUCAAAAGCUCUCAUGAUUUCAUCAGGUUGUUAAUUUUUGCUCAACGGAACAGACAAACGGCUGCAACAUUGAACAAUGAAAGAAGUUCACGAUCACAUUCUGUGGCCCAAAUUAAAAUCUCAGCAAUUAAUGAAAAGCGUAAAGAAAAGUUUACGAGCAAUCUUAAUUUGGUAGAUCUUGCUGGAUCUGAGAGUGGGAAAACAACACAGAGGAUGGGCGAGACCAAACACAUAAAUAGAUCACUUUCAGAGCUGUCUAAAGUGAUUUUGUCUUUGCAGACUAACCAAUCACAUAUUCCAUACAGGAAUUCUAAGUUGACACAUCUUCUUAUGCCCAGCCUCGGUGGAAACUCUAAAACCCUUAUGUUAGUAAACAUUAAUCAAUUUGAUGAUAACUUUAAUGAGACUCUUAACUCCUUAAGAUUUGCCACCAAUGUUAAUAGUUGUAAAACAACGAAGGCUAAAAAGAACUUGACUUUGUUUGAUGGGUUUUAA